CCCCCCGCGCAAACAAGACACACACACAUAAAUACCCUCUCAAACCCCUUCAAUCAUUCCCCACCACUUGCACUCCUUUCUUUAUCUCUUUCACCUCUGUCUCGUUUCCCCUACCACCAAAUAUGGCUAUAAGAAAAUCCAAAAAGCUACCCCAAACAGCAGCUCUCAAACAAAUUCUCAAGAGAUGCUCAAGUUUUGGAAAGAAACAAGGACUUCCUGAUGAUGUACCGAAAGGUCACUUCGCUGUCUAUGUUGGCGAGAAUAGAAGCAGAUAUAUUAUUCCGAUAUCAUGGUUGGAUCAUCCUGAGUUUCAGAGUUUGCUUCAAAGAGCUGAAGAAGAGUUUGGGUUUAAACAUGACAUGGGUCUUACCAUUCCUUGCGAAGAAGUUGUCUUUCUCUCCCUCACAGCGAUGAUCAGAUAAGACCAUGGAAGGACAAGUGCUGAAGAAAUAGGGUUGUCUGGAGAUGGAGAUAUAUGUACAACAAAGAUGAAGCUCCUUCUUCAUUUUUGUUAGAAAUAUAUAUAUAUAUACAUAUAUGUAUACCUUCAUCUAUUGUAACCCUAACCAGAACUAAGCAUUUGUUUAACCUAUAGUUUAAAUGUGCAUGUACAGUAUCAUGUAUGAAAAUUUUCCUAAUUAUUGGAGGUUCUGCAUAUGUUUCUCAAAGAAUUGAUUAAUAUAAUGAAACGUUUCUCACUA